GCAAAGUUGUCGAUUUUCAAAUGAGAAGAUAAUCGGAAAAUAAUUAAAAGAAUGAACGGCUGGGAUAAUCCGACAGAUCGCGUUAUUGUGGUAGAGAAAAACACAGAGAAGAAUCCAAGGUAGAACAAGUCGACAUACUUUUUUUGUCUGAAUCCAGGAUACCAGCCUGUUUCCCAAAUCCGUUUAUUGAUUUGGGUUCACAUAAAAUUCUGAUCCUCAAAUUUCCCGGUUUUAUUUCUGACCUUUCCUUUCUAAAGAGGGGCCCUAAUUUUAGAAUAAAAAUCUUGUGGGGAACUUGAGGUGCAGAGGAGGAUAAUUUGAAAAUGAUAUGAUUCAUUAAACAAAUCAGAACCAAAAGAGAGAUUUGGUUUCAGAAACUUUAAGGGGUUUUUGAAACUGGGUUUCGGAAAUGGUUGAGAUAUGCUUGAUGGCUUCACAUGGCUACCCUCUUGGCCUUAACUUCCAUCACGAACAAGUGGGCAUGGCUAGGGUUUCCAAGGAUCAUCCUCAUUUUCUUCCCUAUAUUGGAGUGAACCAAGAUCCGUCUAAGUUGCACUCUAUCAAUACAAGUCUGCAUCAAAGAGAAGAGUGGAAUUAUAUAAAUGGGCCUUGGGACAGUGACCAAUUUUUCAGGGUUGACUCUACUGUUAAGAGACCCGUAACCAUUGAUGUUCAAGGUCCAUAUCUUUACUAUAUUGCAUUUCCAGUAAGUGUUGUUAGUCAGUUUAUAUCAUCUUCUAGAACUUCACAUUGGAAUGCUCUAACUCAUAUAUUAAAGUACCUCAAAGGAGCUCUAGGACGUGGGAUCCUUUACAGGGACCAUGGUCAUUGUAGAGUUGAGGGUUUCUCAAAUGCUAACGGGGUAGGUUCUCCUGUAGAUAGGCGCUUUAUUAUAGGCACUAAACAGUCAAUGUUGGUCCCUUUCUUUGAGAGAAGGAGAAGAGCAAGUGCUAAGUCAGUGGUUGAAACUGUAAAAACUGCACCUCUUAACAGUCCCGAGAAAGUAAAGGGUAAGAUAUCACAGAAGAAGAAGAGCAAUAGAAAACCCGGUGAAGAAAGGGAUAUCUACGGAAACAAAUACCUUUUUGCAUGUGAAAGUCUUCUAUCCAUAAUGGCCAAUAGGAAGCAAAACGGUAAAAGUGCAAUUUUUUCAUUAAAGAAAUCUGGUCCUGAACUACCGCAGCUUCUAACCCAGUUUUCUGCAAGCAUUGCUGGGACUGGUAUUGCCGUUCUUUUCUCCGUUGUCUGCAAAGUUGCUUGUGGUCGAGUCCCCUUCUGUGCAUCCAAAAUUUUGAACACGGGUUUAGGAUUGGGACUGGUUUGGCUUUCUUGGGCAAUUCAUAAACUUCGAAAUACUGUUAUCUCGAUUAGCAAGAAUUCUGGAAAGCUGGCCUUGAAAGAGGAGGAGAUGAUGAAUAAUCUCGACAAAAGUUUAAAAGAUAUCUACUUCAGAAUAGCAGCACUAAUGGCAGUCACGGUUCUCAGGCUCGCAUGAUCACGAGACUGGACAUGAAAAUUCUUGAAAUAGUAAAUCCCUGGAGACAUUCAAGGUGUGAUGUUCGUUCUGAGGUGAUUUCAAAGAAAGCUUGGUCAUCUGGGCGUUUGUAGAUCAAGAAUGGUUCUCCGAGUUAAAAGGCAAUUUAGAAUGUGCAGAAUGCUUGUGUAUAUGCUGGACACCAUCUGAUCUUUAGUGUACGAAAAUUUUCAGACAUUAAUGAUUUUAAAUUUUUAUUA